ACGAGCAGUGUCAUGAUGAUGGUGCUAUGGAUUACUUUGCUCUUUCUUCAUCAAGGAUAUUCUCUGGUUCCAAUGAAAAUCGUUCAGCUUGGUGAACCAGUAACGUUAACAUGUGCUUUACCCAGCAAUAAAGAGCUCAGCACUUUGGAAGUCCACUGGUACAAGCAGCGUAUCGGGGAUGAGCUUAAAUUGAUUUCAACACUGUAUGGAACUACACCACCUCAGUAUGGUCCAAAAAUAAUUAGAUCACGAUAUAACGCAUGUAAUACAAAGACUUUUAGCAAUCUGACCAUUUUGAAGACAGUCCAAGAGGAUGAAGGAAUCUAUCACUGUGGAAUCAUUGAAUGGCUUAAUCCUGAAUGGAGUGGGACAUAUUUGUUAGUAAAAGGAAACACUCAGAGGGCAUCAAACUAUACUGUUGUUCAGUGGCCAGCUGUAUCAGAUCCAGUCAAUCCAGCAGACACAACAGCUCUCCAGUGUUCAGUUUUCUCUGACUCUGACAACAACACAUAUGCAGGGGAUCAUGAUGUGUUCUGGUUCAGAGCUGGUUCAGACAAAUCUCAUCCUAGCAUCAUCUACACUGGCAGAAAGAGAAGUAAUGAAUGUGAAAAACCAUCUGACCUUCAGAAUAGAUGUGUUUAUCGCUUCUCUAAGAACAUUAACUCCUCUGAUGAAGGGACUUACUAUUGUGCUGUGGCCACAUGUGGGGAGAUAUUAUUUGGAAAUGGAACGGAUCUGAAACCUGUGCAAAAAACACAGUCGGCAUUUAUUCAACUGGCCUUAAUAAUAGUGGGUUUGGUCAUUUCUGUCACUGGAAAUGUUUUCCUCAUCUGCAACCGAAGAGUACAAAAUAAAGAAAAUGCUAUAUCGGAAGACCAAAUUGACACCUCACACCAACCAGCUGAAACUGAUGGCCAUGUAAGCUAUGUUGCACUGAACUUCAGUGAAAGAAAAACGAGAAGCACAAGGAAGAGAGACUUUGCUGAGGACAGUGUCUACUCUCAAGUUAAAUCCUGAUUUCAAUACCAAAGUUGAGUUUUGUGUGUUUUGUUCUGUAUUUCUUGAAAAUACGGAAAAAAUAUCAAAGAAAAGAAAAGAAAAAUCAACACAUCAACUUUAAAUUUUGCAAAAGAAAACAAACAAACAAAAAUCCUCAACCCACUAUGCGAUUUACUUAAUCAGUGAAUUCACACUCCUUUUGGAGAGGAAACUUUAGUCCCGCUCACUCCAUAGGUAGCUUUCUGACCUUUGUAAAAUGGUAAAUGGCCUGUAUUUAUAUAGCGCUUUUCUGGUCCCUAAGGACCCCAAAGUGCUUUACAUAUCCAGUCAUUCACCCAUUCACACACACAUUCACACACUGGUGAUGGUAAGCUACGUUGUAGCCACAGCCACCCUGGGGCGCACUGACAGAGGCGAGAGAAAUUAAGAGAAAUUAAGUUGAGUGCUGCUGAAUUAGAAGCUUUUUUGUAAAAACAAAUUGUGUUGGUUGGAGAUAACUGUAGUGUGAGAAAACACUUGUGCAGACUGACAGUAUAAAUUCAGGAAUGUGAGAGUCAGGAUCAACUGUGUUGGUGAGUUUAGCUGAACCGAGCCUUGCAGCCAUGUUGUUUGUUAUUGCAGUAGCAUUGCGUUGUCUGUUUGCCUUUCCAGUUAGGUGAGCUUGACUUUACAAUAUAUUUGCUGCUUUUAAUUUUUUUAAGGUUAGAUAAUGUUGUUUGUUUCUACCUUAAAUAAUUGAAUGGAAAUUUCAAUGUGAACUAUAGCUUUGUUUGUUUUUAUGCUAGGUUACCUAGUCCCAUGUUAGUUUACAUGUUAGUGUUAUAUCAUGCACAGCUGCACGGGCUGCCUUGCAAUGCAUCAUCUGUGCUAAUAAUCAUAACAACAACAGCAAUAAUAAUAACAAUAAUAAUGACAUGUAUUAUGAUGAAUAUGACUUGCUUUGAGGGUCCGGAGUCUAGUGACUCCCACUUUAUGUUUAUGAAUAUUCAUUGAUUUUGUUAGUUUUCUAGUUAUUUGUUAUUAUUUCCAGUGUUUAGGUGUUCUCUGUGCCUCCCUUGUGUUUCUUGUGUUGUGUCUAGUCUUCUUGGUUCUAUGUUCCCGUUUCCUGUUUUACUUUGGAGAGUCUCGCGUCCUGUGCAUCAGUGUAUUCUGUUUUGCUUCCACCUGGUCUCAUCUUGUCUGAUUAUUGUGAGCUGUGUUUGAGCUGUGUUCCCUGCCUGUCGGCCAUUUCCUCAUUUCCCUGUGUGUGAUAUAUAGUGUGUGCAAUCGUUGGUAAUGUUUUCUAUGUUCCUCAUGUUCUUUAGUUUAGCUUUUCCCAGUGUAGAUUUUUGUUUGUUUUUCUCAGUUCCUCCAUCACCUUUUGUUUUGUAGCUUUUUGUGCAGCCAAGAAUAAAGGCUCGUUUUUGUUAAAGAUCCACCUUCAUCUCCA